UCAACUCAAAAAUUGAAAAAUUGAAAAAUCUUAGAUUGUGAUAAUCUCACACUUAGAUUGUGAUAAUCUUCACUCUUUUGAAUUAGCAAUUGAUUUUCUUAAUCUCCCCCCCUCCCUUAAGAUCCCCUCUUCUCUGUCUCCCCCUUUCUGUCUUUGAUUUUCUGUGUUUUCAAGUCUUAAUUUCUCAGUCAGUGGAUUCAUUAUUUUCUAUCCAUUGAAACUGUUUUUUUUUUCCUUCCAUUUUUUGAGUCUUUUAUUUUGAAUUUUUUCCUUAAUUUUUUUUCUUUUGAUUAGUAAUGGCAGAAGCUACAAAUUUUUAUGGUAGCAGUGAUGAUAAUAGUAGUAAUGGAGGUGUAUAUAGUGGUACAGAUCCAUUUAGAGGAGAAUUAAUGCAAGCACUUGAACCUUUUAUUCCCAGUGCUUCAUUAACACAUCCUGAUCUUCCUUCUUCUUCAUUUUCAUUUUCUUCUUCUUCACUUUCUUCUUCAUUUUCUUCAUCUCCUUUCACUCUAUCUUCUUCACAAUCACAGCCUGAUUUUUGUUCACCAUCUACAGAUACCCAAAUGUUUUCUCAAGGGUAUUCUGGUAAUUAUUCUGAUCAAUUAUCUGGUGCUGGUGUUUCUUCUUCUUCUCCCUUUAAUCAUCUUAAUUUGGCUCAGAUUCAACAAAUUCAGAACCAAAUGUAUCUUCAACAACAACAGAAUUCAUACAUGAAUAUGAUUUCACAACAACAACAACAACAUUUCAGGACAACAGCCCAGAAUUCAUACAUAUGUCCAAAAUCAAUUCCAAUGAAGGCAAUGGGUUUGCCAACAACAGCAAAACCCACAAAGCUGUACAGGGGAGUUAGACAGAGACAUUGGGGAAAAUGGGUUGCAGAGAUUAGACUACCCAGGAACAGAACAAGGCUUUGGUUAGGUACUUUUGAUACUGCUGAGGAAGCUGCUAUGGCUUAUGAUAAAGCUGCUUACAAGCUUAGAGGUGAUUUUGCAAGACUCAAUUUCCCACAUCUCAAGCAUCAAUUAUCUAGUGCUGGUGCUGGGAAAUUUGGGGAUCAACAAAAUAAACCUACUUCAACUGUUGAUGCAAAGCUUGAAGCUAUUUGUCAGAGUUUGGCUAUUAAUAACUCUGCCUCUCAGAAACAAGGGAAAAUUUCCAAGCCUGCUAGAGUUUCUAGUAAGAAGACUAAGAAGAUCAUGGUCACUGAAGCUGCUGCUGUUGAUUCAAGUCAAUCAGUGGUUACUGAGAUGGAUUCAUCAUCAAAUUGUGAAAUGGGUUCUUUAUUUACAGAUGUUUACAAGGUGAAAAAUGAAACACUAUCACCACCACCAUUAAUGGUGUCUGAAAGUAGUAGUGAUGGUAAUUGUUCUUCACCUGAAUCUGGUGUUGAAGUCCCUGAUUUCGCAGAACAAGCAUGGAAUGAUGAUUUGUCUUCAUCAGCAAAUUUCAUGUUGAGGAAAUAUCCUUCUUAUGAGAUUGAUUGGGAUGCUGUGGAUGCCAUCCUUCCUAUGUGAAGCUUCAUCUUUCUUUCAUUUCUUUAAGGGUUUUAAGUUCAGUUUAGUAGUAUCUUUCUCUAAUUUAACUACUGCAGAUGUAAUUUUUUAAAGCAUUUGCAGGGUUCAGUGAGUUAGAUUUCAGGUUAAUUAGUAUAAUGUUUAAUUUUCUGUCACACUCUGGUCUGCAAGUUAUUUUUUUUAUUUGCAUGAUCAGAGAUAGAAGAAUCUAUUAAUCAAUGUAAAAUGCUGUAAUUUGAAGGCAUUAAUUGAAUAUUAAGUAGCAGUACAUUUUUCUUAAUG